AUGCUUCCUCUCGGCCUUCUGAGUGCCGCCCAGGGCCACCCGAUGCUGGUGGAGCUGAAAAACGGCGAGACACUAAACGGCCACCUCGUCACCUGCGAUAAUUGGAUGAAUCUGAUCCUGCGCGAGGUCGUCCAGACCAGCCCAGAAGGCGACCGGUUUUUCCGCCUGCCCGAAGUCUACAUCCGGGGCAACAAUAUCAAGUACCUUCGCGUUCCAGAUGAGAUUGUCGAGCUUGUGAAGGAGCAGCAGGCUCAUCAGCCACAGCGUGGACGUGGUGGUCACGGACGAGACGGUGACCGGGGUCGUGGUCGUGGUCGUGGUGGAGGUCGGGGACGGGGCCGUGGACGGGGUGGUGGCGGUGGCAGCGGUGCACCCGGUGUAUAG